AUGAGCUACCCGCUGGAGCCGUCGUACCGGCGGGCGGCCGAGAGCCGCAGCGCCUACAGCCGGGCCAGCGCGUCGGCGUCGAGCGGCUUCCGCUCGCAGUCGUGGUCGCGGGGCUCGCCCAGCAGCGCCUCGUCGCCGUACAAGCGGCCCCUGGGCGCGGCGCGGGCCUCGUACGGCUCGACGGCGCUGAGCUCGUCGGAGAGCCUGGAGCUGAGCCAGGCGUCGCUCUUCAACGGCCUCGGGGGCGGCGGCGUCGGGGGCGGCGCGGAGCUGAAGCUGAGCCGCUCCAACGAGAAGGAGCAGCUGCAGGGCCUGAACGACCGCUUCGCCGGCUACAUCGAGAAGGUGCACUCGCUGGAGCAGCAGAACCGGGCGCUGGAGGGCGAGAUCGGCGCGCUGCGGCAGCGGCAGGCGGGGCGGCCGCUGCUGGCCGACGCCUUCGAGCAGGAGCUGCGCGAGCUGCGCGGCGCCCUCGAGCAGGCGGCCCACGAGAAGGCGGCGCUGCAGCUGGACUCGGAGCACCUGGAGGAGGACCUCCAGCGCCUCAAGGAGCGCUUCGAGGACGAGGCGCGCCUCCGCGACGACACCGAGGCCGCCGUGCGCGCCCUGCGCCGCGACGUCGAGGAGGCCUCCCUGGCCAAGGGGGAGCUGGGCAAGAAGCUGCAGGCCCUGCAGGACGAGGUGGCCUUCCUGCGCGGCGCCCACGAGGAGGAGGUGGCCGAGCUGCUGGCCCAGAUCCAGGCCUCGCGCGCCGCCGUCGAGCGCAAGGACUACGCCCGCCCCGACCUCACGGCCGCCCUCAAGGAGAUCCGCUCCCAGCUGGAGUGCCACUCCGACCAGAACAUGGUGCAGGCCGAGGAGUGGUUCAAGGGCCGCUACGCCCGCCUCACCGAGGCCGCCGAGGCCAACAAGGAGGCCAUCCGCUCGGCCAAGGAGGAGAUCUCCGAGUACCGGCGGCAGCUGCAGGCCAAGAGCAUCGAGCUCGAGUCCGUCCGCGGCACCAAGGAGUCCCUCGACCGCCAGCUCAACGACAUCGAGGAGCGCCACAACCAGGACCUCUCCACCUACCAGGAGACGAUUCAGCAGCUGGAAAAUGAACUGAGAGGUACAAAAUGGGAAAUGGCGCGUCAUUUGAGGGAAUACCAGGACCUGCUCAAUGUCAAAAUGGCCCUUGACAUUGAGAUUGCUGCAUACAGGAAACUUCUUGAGGGUGAAGAGACAAGAUUCAAUGUCUUCUCUGGAAGCAUCACUGGGCCAACGUUUACACACAGGCAACCUUCUGUAACAAUAUCAAGUAGCAAAAUACAGAAAUCAAAAGUUGAAGCUCCAAAAAUAAAGGUCCAGCACAAGUUCGUAGAAGAAAUAAUUGAAGAGACGAAAGUGGAGGAUGAGAAAUCUGAACUGGAUGAAGCCUUGGCAGCUAUGGCAGAAGAACUGGCUGCUGGAGCCACACCACAGGAACAGGAGGAAGAAGAAGCAGAGGAGGGGGAAGUUGUGGAAGAAGAAAUAGUAGCCGAGGCUAAAGCUGAGGUUGAAGCAGCCGCCCCCGAAGAGGAGGAAGAAGGAGAAGAGGAGGGUGGUGAGGAAGAGGAGGAUGCAAAAUCUGAUGAAGCAGAAGAAGGAGGAUCUGAAAAAGAAGAGGAAAAAAGUGAAAAGGAAGAGGGUGAGGAAGGAGAAGAGGAGGCAGGUGAGGGAGAAGCAGAGGAAGCUGAAGCAGAGACCAAGGAAGAAGAAGAGUCAGAAGAGAAGGCUGAAGACGAAGCUGAAGGAGAAGUGGAGGAAGCCAUUGCACCAGUGAAGGUAGAAAAGGUGAAAACAUCUCCCCCCAAAUCUCCUGCAGCAGAAGAGAAGAAAGAAGUUGAAGGUGAAAGUGAAGAUCAGAAGGAUGAGCAGGGAGGUGGAGAGGAGGAAGCUGAAGAAGAAAAGUCAGGGUCUCCAGCAAAGGCAGGUUCUCCUGAGAAAGGGGGUUCACCAGAGAAGGCUGGGACUCCAGAGAAAGGGUCUCCAGAGAAGGCUGGGACUCCAGAGAAAGGGUCUGCAGAGAAGGCUGGGACUCCAGAGAAAGUAUCUCCAGAGAAGGCUGGGACUCCAGAGAAAGGGUCUCCAGGGAAGGCUGGGACACCAGAGAAAGAGUCUCCAGGGAAGGCUGGGACACCGGAGAAAGGGUCUCCAGAGAAGGCUGGGACACCAGAGAAAGGAUCUCCAGAGAAGGCUGGAACUCCAGAAAAAGGAUCUCCAGAGAAAGCAGGUACACCAGAAAAAGCAGCAUCCCCAGAAAAAGCUGGGACUCCAGAGAAGGCAAGUACACCAGAAAAAACAGCAUCCCCAGAAAAAGCAGGGUCCCCAGUGAAAGAAGAAGUAGAAGAGACCAUCCCAGCUUCCAAGGCAGCAAAGGUUGGUACUGAGAAAGAACCCAAAGAAGAGAAGAAAGACAAAAGUGAGAAGGCAUCAAAGGAAUCCACAAAAGAAGACAUAGCUAUAAAUGGAGAGGUGAACGAGAAAGAGGAGGAGGAAGGCUCCAAGGCCAAGCAAGUGGAGGAGGAAGACAAAGGCGUUGUCACCAAUGGCCUGGACAUUAGCCCAUCUGAAGAGGAGAAGAAGGAGAAGAGUGAAGAGAAAGUUGUGGUAACCAAAAAGGUUGAGAAAUUUACUAGUGAAGGGGAUGAUGGGACAACCACAUACAUCACGAAGUCAGUGACUGUCACCCAGAAGGUGGAAGAGCAGGGGGAAACAGUUGCUGAGAAAUUAGUGUCCACUAAGAAGGUCACUUCACAUGCUGUAGUGAAAGAAGUUAAAGAGAGUGAUUAGGAUAACAAUUUUUUUCCCUUGAGAAGAGCUUGGGUCGGUGCAAAAGGUUAAGCCAUAGGACAGCUGCAAAAUGCAUGAAAGUGACAGCUUCAAAGCGGAAAGGGUUCUCUCGUGAAGUCUCCGAAAUACUCUUAUUUUAUUUUUUAUUUACUUUUGUGCAAUACCCAGGGUUUCGGGGGGGAGGAACGCAUGUAAGCCCCAGAUGCACUCCCUCUGCAAAACUUGGGGAAUUAAAAAAAAAUUGCAUGAGCUGUUAUCCUUACAGAGGAAGUUGCUGAAUUUCCUCAGCUGCUGAUGGGACGCUUCUGAGGAACGUCUUAAGAUGUAUUAUGCAAAGAACCAACUGAGCCAAAUACAAACAAUAAUAAGAGAAUGAAUGAAAAAAAAUACCCAGAAUUCUCCUAGCCUUAAGCUACUUAAUAAUUAUGUUUACCUCACUGGUGCAAUUAAGAUGGACUUUUUGUUCAUGGGAGAACCUACCUUGACAUGCACAGUAUGCAACCUUUUGUUGUUCGAUGUAAAGCAGUCACAGCAGUUCGUGCUCAAUAAAGGUCAUAUUGGAAACGUG